AUGCAUUGGAUUAAAAAUAGUUAACUUAAUUUUGGGAAUCUACAAGGUAAUGUGGAUGAAGAUUUAUUGGACAAUAAAUGGAAUCUUGUUGAUCUGUACUUGAUUUAGGGAUUCCAGGGAUUUAAGUGUAGUUAUAGCAGUUUUAGAAAUAUUGUUUCACUUAAUUCAAAAGGAUUAAAGGAACAGAAAUAGUAUUACAAAUAGAUACUAUUAAUUAUUAAGAAAAAGCCAAUCAAAUUGAAAGAUUAUGAAGUUAAUUCAAUUAUUGAAGUAGAAAGGGAAGUACCCAUAAGUAUAACCUAAAGAAAUAGAUGAAAAAUUCUAAAGGCCUUGUUAAAGACAUGAAACACCUUUGUAAAGGUUCCACAUUCUAGAUAUUAGAAACUGAAUUAGUAAUUGGAGGUAGAAUAUUGGAAAUUAAAAGGUUGAUCAAUUACCAACUUUUAUUUUAAGAGGAAAUGAGUAGUGUUGUUGUUAAUAAUAAUGCAGUCAGAAUUAAAAAUAAUGAAUCUGAUUACGAAUAUCGUUCUGUCGUGCUAUUUAGAAAAAAUGAAAUUGAAAAAUUGAUAGAUUAAAUAGUCAGGUUUUUUUAUGAAUAAAAGAAAGUCAUUUUGGGGGAAUUGAAAGAUUCUUGCUGA